GUGCCGGAGUCCCAAGAAGAAUGGAACGUUAUUGAGAAGGGAUUUCGUUUGAAGUGGAAUUUCCCCAAAUGUUACGGUGCGAUUGAUAGGAAACAUGUGACGAUUCAUGCACCGGCAAAUUGUGGCAGUGAAUUCUUUAAUUAUAAGGUGUGCAAUUAAAGCUUAUUAAAAUAAACGUGCAAUAGUAGUGUUAUUGACGACAGUUGUAAAUAUGGCGCGUGAAUACAAAUGGACCAGUCAACAAAUACUGGAAAAUGCCACCCAGUGGUCUUUAGCGGGGGAUGUGGCAAUUUUAAAUCGCCUUAAAAAAUUUUCUAAUACUGUUAUAUCAGAAGCCGAAUCUCUGCAUGAUAAAGUCAAUAAUCUGCUAGACAACCUCGAGAAUGUCACAUUAAGGUUGGAGUUAACAAAAAAUGAAUUUCAAAGUUUAAGACACACUCAGUUUAUUGAAAACAGAGUUUACGAGGAUGAUGAAACUUUGGAUAAUGAGGAACAAGAGCCUAAAAAACAAGAACCUACCGAGGAAGAUAAAGAAAAUGAUCUUAAACAGUUUAUUUCCAAGGGCCUGAAGGUGAUGGAGAAAUAUUAUGAAAAAGUGGAGCUGACUUUUAGUGAUAGUGAAGAUGAGACAAAUGAAAAAAGUUAUGUUCUACAACCAAAAGACAUCUACGCGGACAGACCUUUACCUUAUUUGGUAGGAACCGAUGAUUGGAACAAACAUUGGCACGUGGGUCUUUUAUCCUCCGAGAGUGAGUCAGAGGUGGAGCAGGAGGACCAAGAAGAACCAGAAUCAAACAGUGAUUCAGAAAAGUAUUUGCCGAAAAAUCGUAGCCCGGACUCAGAUACAAGUUCAGAAUUGGAUAUCCAUAACAAUUCUGGACCCGUCGCCAAUUCGACUUUUAACGAUUCGGAGGAUAGGAAAAGAGAAGUCACUCAUUCGUCAGAUGAUAUUUCUGAACAAAGUAAUUCGGUGCCUGUAAAGACACCACUUUCAACCGAGAACUUUGCAGAGCAAUUAGCGGCGAAAUUAGGAGAUGUUAUUAGUGGUCAAUCUCACCAAGCGGAUACUGGUACCAAACAUAAAGUAAAACAAGUACAUUCUUAUGGUGGAAGGUUAGCUGAAGAACCGCCAACUUUAGAUGAUACAAUUCUGCCUGCAUCGAGUCAAGCAAGACGUCCAUCUAAAGACCGAACCAGAGAUUUGUUUGCCGAGGACAGCGAUGAUGAACUCUUUUGGAAUCCAUCUCAGAAAUCAACUACAAGUUCUGAUAAAAACGUUCCCGCAUCUACUAUGGAGAGUGCAAAUAACACAUUUAAGAAAUCCUUUGAGAAACCACGGGCUCUUUUCGACAGUUCAGAUAGUGAUGACGAUAUGAUUUCAGUUGCGCAAAAGAGGCAAAAAAUGUUGAACACUGCGCCUAGCAACCCAUAUUUGGUACAACCAAGAAGUACAGAUUUACCAUUUAUUGACGAUCAACCGCCGGAAAUCGCACCAGAACCCAACCCUAGAACUCAUAAAAAAAAACCCACCGGAGGCGUCUCAAUUUUGGGGCCUAAUGUCGAUAUAUUUGCUGACAAAGGUUUCACAGUACAACCUAAACAAGAAUCCUCUUUAAAGCCUGUUAAGAAAGAGAGUUUGUUUGAUGGAUCCUCUGAGGAGGAGACGUUUGUACCUAAAACAUCAAUUACUCGAACAGAGAAAGUUACAAGUCUAUUUGAUAAUUUAAAUGAUGGUCAAGAGACUGUCAAACCAAAGGAAGCGGUGGAACGUACAAAAGAAGAUGCAACGACCAGCAAGAAAAGCGCCAGAAGGAAUAUUAGUCUCUUUGAUGAUAACGAUGAUUUUCUAAAAGAAGAGGAAGAAGAUAUAUUUUCAUUUAAACCAUUAAAGGGUGGUUUAUUCGACGAUUUUAGCACGACAUCUUCCAAGGGAGGAUUAUUUGAUGACUUUGAAGAUGAUCAGAGCUCUAAAGAAGUUGGCUUAUUUGGAAGUUUAGAGUCCAGCAAGGAAAAUAAUGUUAGCACGUCGAGUAACAAAGAUGAAACAAAACCUGAACGUGUUGAUAGUAGUGAGAAGGUACGUCAUCAGCCAAACACUCAACUAGACAGCAAUACGGAAGGAUUAAGUACUUCAAAAUCGUCUACUCCUUCUAGUCUGUUUACCAGUGACUUUAACACCAAACAUGAAAUUACCGAAAAUCUCAGUAAUAAAAGAGAACAAGCCAAGGUUAGAAACGAUAAAAGUACAGAUAAAUUACAAGAGAAUCAAGAUAGUUUGGGAGCUGAGGAAAAUGUUGCUAAAAACAUACUUAGCGCUGUAAAAACUUUACCUGAAUUGGAGAAUGCUACCAAAGUACUGGCUGGAGCAAAUCGUAUUGAAGCUAAAGAUGAAAUUGUAAAGAAAAUGAGGAAGAGUGUUGGCUUUAUUGAUAGUGAUAGUGAAGAGAGUAUAUCAGAUUCUAAAAGUGACCAAAUUGCUGAAGCCUCUUCAAAAAACAGCAGCGAAAAUCAACCCGCAAGCGUUGGGCAAAAACAGGCAAAAAUGGAAACCACUCGAGAAGAAGCCGCCGAAGAUGUUGCCACUACUAAACCCGACUACGAGCCGCCACCUAUAAACUUGUAUGACCCAACACCACCGCCACUUGAUUGGGAUGCGACGUCUGACAACAGUGUAGAAAGUGACCGAUUUUCAAUCAGCGACGGUCUGCUAGACCGCGUCAAUUACGACCAAUCACAACCGACCGUGUCGAGUAUAUUCGAUGAAGCCCCGCCCAGCUUAAAUGCGCAUGACAUCAAUUACUCGAGCGGGAUUGGACGGGAUAUCAAUGCCACCAGAGCGGACACUGACACUGAGUCUUCUUUUAAUCCUUACGCGUCAUCCUCUCGUCGCUUAUCCAGCGACAUUUUCAACGAACAACAGAGUCAAGAUAGUUUUUUCGUGACGAAAAAUCAUCCUGAAAAUCAGUCGCAGCCAUCGGGUUUAAAUCAGAUAUCUGAAAUGCCGGAGGAGAGUGUCAGUAAACUUGAGAAUUUUACUCCUAGUGGUCAAAUGGCAGAUUUUGAUGCUAGUGAUUCUGUUUUUAAUAAUAGCACUCGUAACGAUACACAAGGUAAGGCUCCGCUUUCUUCGUCAUCGUCCUCCGCUCAAAAACCCAAAUUGGGCACCGAAAUCGGCAAAGCAGCGGCGGAAAAGAGUCGCGGGCUCUUUUUCGCCGAUGACUGGCAGUGUAACAAAUGUGGCAACGUGAACUGGGCGAGGCGGCAACAAUGCAACGUAUGUAAUGCCCCCAAGUUUGGCGAGGUCGAGGAGCAGACUGGCUUUGGGGGAGAAAAUAUGGCAAGAAAGGCACCGGUUUUGACACCUAAACCUAACAUAUUGCAAAAAAUCUCAGUGUUUGAUGCUGCAACAGAAAGAGAACAUAGCAACGAAGAACUUAAGAAACCAACUAUAUCUGCACCAAAAGGUACUGAGCCGGGAAAACUAAAACACAAUCUGAACAUAAACAUCGCUGCGCUGUUACCAGGUGCGGCUCCAGUACGCAGCCGGUCAUCGGAAAUUAAACCUUCGGCAUUAGAUGAAACGGACAAAAUUGACUCAUCUCAAUUAGAUGUCGAGAAACCUGCUGAUAGAGUUGACGAAAGUGAAAAGUUUGGAACGUCACCAAAGACUGAUGUUUUACAACAUGUAACUAAGGACAGAGCAAAAAUCCCAAUCAAACGGCGGCCAUCCACUCGUCAAGCACGACAUGCGGCGAUCAAAAGAUCCAGCCACACAUUUUAUGAAGAAGCAGAAGAGAAACCGUUACAGGAACCUGAGACAAGCAACUUAUUAAAAGAGAGAGAUAAUGAUGCUACACGAAUAUUAGAUGAACCUAAAAAUAUUUCUUUAGUUUUUGAUAGUGAUCUGGGAGGAAUAAGUAAAUCCGAUAGUGCCAGUAAUAAACAUACAGCGUUAUUUGAUGAUCUGGGGGAUGGAGAAGAUAUUUUCAAGCCCGCGAAGGAGAGUUCGCAACUUUUUGGCUUAGAUGACGAUUCGUUUAAUUCCGAUAUCUUUGAGAAAAAAACGGUACUACAACCUGUUAUUCCUGAUGAGAAAAAGGCCAAUGUUGAACAAAAAGCGGAAAAUAUUAAUGAUCAAAUUAAAAAUUCACAAAACGAAAGUAAGGAUCUUUCAAGUAAACCUCAAACAUCAACCAAGAAAAACGUCAGUCUCUUUGGUGCCUCAGAUUCAGACAGCAACAGCGAUUCAGAACUGUUUUCCACGGGAUCAAAUACGGUGAAAAAAGUCAGUUUGUUUACUCAUAAAUCAGAGAAGGAUCGAGCGAGUUCAAGCUUGUUUUCGGAUAAAUCUGAUAGUGAAGGCGAUAGCGACUUGUUUGCUACAACUAAAGUGUCCAGCGUUCAAAAAGAGCGAGAAAAUCCCGUAGCGGAACCGAAGAAAUUGAGUUUGUUUGAUGAUUCUAGUAGUGAAGAAGAGGACUUAUUUGGAGCUAAACAUGUAAAAUCUGUAGAAAAAUCUGAAGCGAAAGCGAGUUCAGUUGUUACACAUGUAGAAGUUAAACAGGCCUCAGUCAAAAAACUACAGAAUAAAGAAGUUGCCGAAGUCGAUCCCCUAUCCGAAUUUCAAUAAAUUAAUCCUAAGUUUUAUAUGUUACAUUGUUAUAUUGAAAGAAAUAAAAUAUAUUUCGUUAAAAGUU